UGCGGGGUUUUUUUUUUAAAGGCCGCUUUUAUUUCAUUAUUUCUCCGCUUUAAGACCCAGAACUCCCUCUCUCUCUCUUUUUUUCUGCUUUUUCUCCUCCUCCUGCUGCUGCUGAUCUUUAUUCCGAAGGCAACAAGCGAGCAGCUGCUGACGUAACCGACAAAAAACACAGACGGACACAGACACGGAGACACACACAGACACACACACAGACACGGAGACACACACAGACACGGACACACACACAGACACGGAGACACACACAGACACGGAGACACACACACACACGGAGACACACACACACGGACACACACACACGGAGACAAAACAAAGUGGCGAGCAAGGCGGGAGAGUGAUGAGUCGGUGGUGUGGGACAUGAGGAGGAGGAGGCGGAAGAGGGAUGACGAUGUAGUUCCCGGCGGAGAUUCUUCAACUUCUACACACACCGGCCUCACGGUUUGUUGGAUUUACGUUGAUGUCAGAAGACUCCUCCGCAAUGGCAGUCACUUCUGGCCCCAGUAAACUUCAGAGGAUGAUGGACGAGUCCGGCUGCGAGCCCGACUACGAUGAGCUGGAGGAGCGGCCCCCGCCAGCGCGCUCCUGGUGCCUGCCACGGCAGCCGUCGCGACGCAACAUCAGCGUUCUCGACCGCCUCAUCCUCUCGCACCCCGUGUGGCUGCAGCUCACCGUGAACCCCGCCAAGGCCAUGCACAUCCUGCAGAGGGAGCCCUGUGGGGCAUUUUUAGUGAGAAGAUCAUCCACCAUUCAGAAGAAGAUUCUUUCCGUGCGUCUCUCGAGCGAGGAAGGAUCCUGCUUCGUCAAAGACUUUGCCAUCAUCGAAACGCAGUCAACUUUCUCUCUGGAGGGAUCCAGUAUUAGUUUUGCCGACCUCUUCCGCCUCGUUGCCUUCUACUGUGUAAGCAGGGACGUGCUGCCCUUCACACUCAAGCUGCCGCACGCCAUUGACGCCGCCACGUCCGCCAAGGAGCUGGAGGCCAUUUCUCACCUGGGAAUAGAGUUCUGGAACUCCUCACGCAACCAGAGGAAGGCCGAGCGUGGCACAACCGACACCGGUGGCACGGGCGGGAGCUUGUCGGUGCGCACGCGGGCGCCCUCUCAGCUCGCCACGCCCAAGGGCCGCGCCCUUUGCUUCAUCAACCCCCUUUUCCUGGAGGAGCACACGGAAGGGGCCUCGCUGCGCCGCGCCUGGAGCCGCUCUGCCGGGGGCGUCCGGGUCUCCACGGAGACCGGCACGAGCCAACUGUCCCCGCCGCCGCGCCCGCCCCCACCCGUUCCCCGCCGCCAGGGCAGCUCCAAUGAUGGCGCGGGCUCCCGCAACGGCAACGACCUCCGGCACUCGCUCUCGGGAGAAAACGACGAUGCCGCCGACGCCGCCACCCACCGAGCCGGCUCGUCCGACUCCGGCGUCGUCCCCCCGCGCCGUGAGCCGCCCGACGUGAACGGCCACGCUGGCGGAGGCGGCUGCGGCGGCAGCUACGAUGUCCCGAAGGCGCCGAUGGUGAGGCCGGUGCCUCCGCCCAGACUGAAGAAACUGUCGAGCUCGCCCGUUGAAAAGAAACCGCUGUCUACGCAGGGCAGGGUGGCCAAGGUGGGCUGGGUGAUGGACCACGUCGAUCAUGCGCAGUUGGAGAGGGCCCCGUCAGAAGAGAAGCCCCGGGAGCGGCAGGAGUCGGAGAGCGUGGACACGCCAACGGGUUACCGGGUCCCGCUUUCCUCCGCGCACGCCUUCAGCGGGAGCUGCUUCUUGACGAACGGCAACGAUUCUCCGGCGGACGACCAGGGCUCGGACACUCUGAGCAACGAGCUGCUCAGCGACGACCAGAGCCUGUUUGACUUCAUCGCCGGGAAGGUGCCCGCCAUCCCCGAACUCGACUCGGCCUCCAUGAGCAGCAUGGAGGAGGAGGAGGACGACGAGGAGGAGGAGGAGGAGGAAGGCAUGUUCGGCGAAGUUCUGGAGGUGGACGAGACCGAGAGCAGCUACCAGACGCCGCCGGCGCUGCGCCGCUCCACCGCGCUGGCGCUGCGAGGGAAAGUCCGCUCGAGUUUUCGCAAGUUCAGCGAGGUGCUGCACCUGCUGCUCACGCCGGAGCGGCGCGUCGUGCGCAAGAUUGUGGAGUUGGCGCAGGAGAAGCGCUCCUACUUUGGCUCUCUCCUGCAGGACUACAUCACCUUCAUACAGGAGAAUGGCAACAACUACCAGAGCAGCUCAGACAUGUUGCAGGCCGUCCGGCAGCUCCUCAACCAGCUCAAGGCCUAUCUGCUGCACACCCACGAGCUUGAUCCGCCCAUCGAGUCGCUCAUUCCCGACAGCGACAUCGACGCGGUCGUCGAGAAAGCCCUGCACAAGUGCCUGCUCAAGCCGCUCAAGGGCCAGGUGGACGCGUGGAUGCGCGACUUCCGCUCGGUGGACGGCAGCGCGCGGCGCCUGCGCGAGAACCUGCAGCUCGCCCGCGAGAGCAGUCUGGCCGACUUCGGGGCCGGCGGCGGCGGCGGCGGCGUUGGCGCCGGGGGAGCGGCCGGGGGAGCGGCCGGGGGGGCCGGUGCAGGGGCGGCGGUACGUCUCCCCAACGUGCCAGACGCCGCCUGCCUUGAGCGGAUCCGUGUCACCCUGGCGCGUAUGCACGCCACCUACUCGCCCUCCAAGAAGGUGCUGCUGCUGCUCAAGGCGUGCAAGUUCAUCUACGACGCCAUGGGAAGCGGCCUUGGCACGAUGUUUGGGGCGGACGACUUCAUGCCGGUGCUGAUGUACGUGCUGGCGCGCUGCGACAUGCCGUUCCUCGACAUGGAAGUGGAGUACAUGAUGGAGCUGCUCGACCCCUCGCUGCUCAGCGGAGAAGGGGGCUACUAUUUGACAACGGUGUACGGGGCCCUCUUCCUCCUCAAGAACUACCACCAGGAGGAGGCCGGAUGGCGGCUCAAGACGGACGCACGCGACUCCUUGCGGCAGUGGCAUCGCCGGCGCACAGUCAACAACAAGGACCUGCCCUCCUUUGAUGACAUUCAGAAUUUCAUCCGCGUGGCUUUCCAGGACAGCGGCUGCACGGGCAAGACCCUGUCCACGCAUCCGUACGCCACGACGGACGAGGUGUCCCGCCUGUGCGCUGACAAGUUCCGCGUGCCGGACCCGGCCAACUUCGGCCUUUUCCUGCUGGUGGACGGCACGUGGCAACAGCUCGCGGGGGACACGCACCCGCUCAAGAUCAAGGCCGAGCUACACAGCAAGGAGCGCCUGCAGCCCUUCUUCUUCAUCUACCGCCGCCUGGGCACCAGCCCCCUGCCCUCGCCUGGGCCCUGAGGAGGCCCCUGUCGGGGAGGUUUGCACCACGGAGGAGGCGGGAGGUAUGGAUUUAAGAGCGAUCUGGCGCCUACUCCAUUGACCACUGGGAAGUGACCCGGCCCGGUUCACGGACCGGGCCUAAUUGAGCUUGACCUGGAUUCCCGUGGCAGCCUUGCCGGGCUGAGCCAGCAGCCACCAACUGGGCCGCGUGGCUCACUGUCAGUGGCCCACGUAAGGGUCCCUUUGCCCUUGGAAAAACGGUCGUGAUCUCACGGGGUCAACGUAGAAGACAAGCCGGCGAUCGUUGGCGUCUCUCGCUUAGGUCAACUUGCAGGGUUGUGUUUCGGACUAAAUAACUUGAAGUUGUUUUUGAUACCACAACUGAACCCACUGUUUCCUUCGGACCGUGGUUGGGAAGGGUGGAGGGGGUUGUGUGGGGGACGAAGGGGAAGGGGCCAAGUUCACAGACCGCGCGUGGCUUAUGGAACAUUGAGACAAAACCCAAGUGGUCCUACGCCAUCCAUGUAGUGACCCAGCACGGCUUCCGGUCUUGUUUCUUAAGUGGUCGUUGGAAACGCAGUUCAUUAUUCGUGACUCUUAAACUCUACUCCCUUUUUGCGGUGCCCUGUAACUUGACAAAAAGAAGUGAGCCACUGUUAGCCACGUGUGUUUUAACACGCACAGAAUUAAGCAACGGAGGCACUAUGAACGCACUUGAAUUGUGACCUCAUUGUGGAGUUCCCAUGUACUUAGAAUACGAUGCAGUCCAGAGAGAGACCGCGACAUCACGAUCCGAGCCAGGGGUGUGCGGACAGCAUUGGGAUUCGCUCAUCUGCCCGCAGGGCCAUGGUGCCCGGUCACGUGGACAGCUUUGGCGAACGCGACAUCGCGUUGGCCAGAGUGUGACCUCGCUUUCAUCUUAUUGGGCCAUCUGUGAAAAAAGAGCUUCACAGCUCAUCGGAUUCCUUCAGUCUAAAUUAAGAUUGUGUAUUCGCGAGCGGCGACGUCUCACGAGCGUCACGGGCGAAGGAGGCGCGAUAAGAUGCCCGUUGGCAGCGGCGAGUUCAUCGCCGGGCGUUCGUGCACCGUUGCUGUUCGCUGGUGGCCGUAGCUUUGGACACAUCCCCUGACGGUCCCAGCUGUCAUCACUGCCUCGUUUUUCCCCACCGUCGUUGCCGAUGUGUCGAUUAUUGUGGGAUAGUUUUGUAGCGCGACACUUACAUUGCCAAUCGUGAACGCGGUAAUAUUUACUCGUAAGUCUGCAAUGAAAAGUCCACGACUGGCUCUGCCAGCACCUCCCCUCGCCUCUGCAAAUAUUCGUCUGCAUCCUGCCAUUACGUUUUUCAAAAUGCUAUUCCUCGUGCUCCCCACGGCUCUUGUUUACAGUUUUACCAUCUUGUUUCACACUCCGAUACAAGUAAUUACGACAUCUUUGGUGCGUAUCUGGUGACAACAAUACAAAUGUGUAAACUCUGUGGGGAGCAAGGAAUUAAUUAUUGUCCAUUGCUGGCCGAGAGAUAGAGCCCUUUGUACUUGAGUGCGUAACAGUGGUAGCAUUCCAUAUUUCGUGGCAAUUUUAUUUUGCUUAGUAUCAGUAGAUGUACAUUUUACCUAUUUAUGGCUUCUUCUGUGGGCCUGAGCUGGCUUUGGAGCACAGGUGAGCAAGAUUUAAAAAAAAACAAUUACUUGAAUACGAACUUAGAACAAUUCUUAAGUUAAUUUGAUUUUUAAAGU